AUGCUCGGUGACGGAAACGCUGCACCUAUUCGUCCGUCGCCCGGUCUUGUGCAUUCCAGCUCCCCGAAUAUACCUCGAAAUGGGUCAUGUGAUACCGCAAGAGUGCCAGCUCACCGAGGUAUGAAUAACGUUCCGUCAGAUUCAACUGCAGACAGACACCCUGCUCUUGGUGAUGCUUCGUCGAGCAUGGACGUUUCGCCAGCUUUCUCACCUGCCUCGCAGUGGACUGGGAUACCCUCCGAGGAUGAUCGCCGUUUACAUAACGUGGGGGUUGCCGCUCUGGCUGCUGUCUCACAGUAUCCCCACGCCAUGAACGAAGACAACAGCUCUUUCCUGGUUUCCGAGGUCGUCAGCGCAAUGACAGGUAGUGCCCAAUCGGCUUUCCACAAUCCCCAAUCGAUGGCGCUGGAGACCGAUGAGGAUAGCUCUGAGACGGAUCAUCAAGGGGGAGUGUACCUGGAAGCGGAGAGCAGCAUGUCGGAGCCAGAUCCCUCAUCUAGCUCUGCCCCCUCGGAUCAUGAUAUGCAAAUGGAAGGCAUCGUGAAUGAUCUUAUCGAGCGGACUGCGACAUGGCAAAACACAGCUACGAUUGCAAGCGAACAUAGCCAUCCUAAUAUGCACAAGGACUUGGUGAUGGACUACGACUUUCCCUUUGAGGACUAUACGUCAUUGUGUUCUUCCGGGUCAGAUGAUGAGAUGGAGGAUCUUUUAAAAUUUUACCCCGGCGAAGAAGUCUAUUUCCAGCGCAAACAGACGCGCUCCCCCGAGGGUUCCAUACACGAUGUAGAUCUGGAUGAAUUUUACGAUCAUGUCACUUAUGAUGACCCUGACCUAGAGGUGGAACCCCCACAGUUACCCCAGGACCCUAUUGCCCCUGGCCCGAUUCCAGAGGAAUCACUGGAGGAUAUGGAAACCCACCCUGCAUCCAUCAUCCACACAACCACUACCGAACGAAACCAUACCAUUGAUGAAUUCAUCCAUCGCUGGAUGGUUCAAUCUCGCAUUGUACCGGCUGAAUUUCACUCGGAGGGCCGGAUUCCUCCGCAAUUUCGCCCACUCUCCAAGAUUAUCAAUUGGAGACCACCUCGAAACAUUUACCGACCGCAGAAAAGCAAGAGGGACUUCUUUGACCUUCAACAGAUCCCUUGGGCGGAAAUUUUGAAAGUGAAACGCGCCGAUGCUCGAUCACUUCGCGAUACUUGGUACACCUCUUACCACAAUGUGAAUCACAACGCCAACCAUUCACACACCAGCCAAGCAAAACGACUGCCUAGGAGCGAGUCUUUUUUUCAGGCAAAGUCUAUGCAUACGGCGCACAAGGCUUCCAUUGAGCACUUUCAAUUGCGCAAUCUAAUGUCAGUGACCGGAUAUAAUACGGUUCAAUUUGCUAGUCGGUCGAAAAUCUACUCAUGGGCUCCGGACCUGGACAGCUAUAAGAGCAUCAUCGACCUGAGUCGUCCAGACCCAGAUGUGGGAAUCCUUAGCCCUGUCAAGAUUUCUAGCAUGAAGGCUGGACAUGGUCUUACCGUUGCCGGUGGAUUUGGUGGGGAGUAUGCGGUGCAAUCGUCGGAUGGAAAGGGCUCCGGAAUGCGAGGCUUGGUGACGCCGGAUUUCCACGAAGGUAUCACUUGCCACGUGGAUAUCAUUCGCAAUCGGACCGGUCGAUCGCCGAUCUGCGUAUUUGCAUCCAAUGAUCGACACUUGCGUAUCCUGGACUGCGAAACCAACAUCUUUAUCUCGGACCAGGAACUAUCUCGUCCGAUCAACUGCACCGCCACAUCCCCAGAUAGUCGUCUCCGCGUGGUGAUCGGUGACUCCCCAGAUGCAUGGAUUAUUGAGGCCGAUACCGGCCGCCCCGUUCACCCUCUCCGUGGCCAUCGUGACUUCGGCUUUGCCUGCGCCUGGUCUCCCGACAUGCGCCACAUCGCCACUAGCAACCAGGACAAAACAGUCAAUAUCUGGGAUGCGCGUACCUGGCGCGUUCUGGAAACUAUCGACUCCGACAUUGCGGGCUACCGAUCUCUUCGCUUCUCGCCUGUAGGCGGUGGUCCGCGCACACUGCUCUGCUGUGAGCCAGCCGACCGGAUCUCCAUCAUUGAUGCCCAACUUUACCAGACCCGCCAGGUGCAUGACUUCUUUGGUGAAAUUGGUGGUGCAGACUACUCUCCAGAUGGCAGUACUAUCUGGGUCGCAAACACAGACCCCCACUUUGGCGGGUUCAUGCAGUAUGAGCGCCACCAAUGGGAUACUUCCUAUGGGCUAGCUGACCAACCGCCUGAGUGGCUGCACGAGCCAAGCCUUGGUGAAGACGAGCGGUGCAUACUGAGAUCCCGAGAGAGAAGAUUGCGAUUCCUUCGCAGUUUGACCGAUGAGGAACACGACCAGUUUCGUAUUUAA